AUGCUUCGUAAAAAUGUGAAACAACGUGUUAUACUCGAAACCACACCAAUAAUGAAAAUAUACGAAGAAGAGGUUGUCAAAGCGCAACUUUCAACACAGGCUCUAGCAACUAUACCAAUGGCGCGUGAAAUACAGGCUGGACUGGCACAAGCGCGACGUCAAAUAACACCCGUUCUGCCGACUUCAUCUACGUUUGAUAUCCCUGAUGCUUAUCAAGUAACAUCAAAAAGUGAAAAAUUUUUAUUUUCUGACACAUUGAUUCGUCGAAGAAAACGGAUGCUACUCUUCGGCAGUGUUACCCAACUGGAAUUGUUAUUUGAUAGCCCCACCAUUUUUAUGGAUGGAACGUUUAGUUCCACACCUCCAUUCUUCGAUCAGGUUUAUACGAUACACGCUAUGAAAUUUGGAACAAGUUUUCCGUGUGUGUUUGGUCUUCUACCAGACCGUAAAAAGUCGAUGUAUCAACAAUUAUUCAAAGUAUUACAAGAUUUGGCCAUUUCGAUGAAUCGUACAUUUAAACCAGAUCGUAUAUUGAGCGAUUUUGAGCCAAGUCUAAUUCCAGCCGUGGCCAGUGAAUUUCCUCAGGCUGUACAUAGUGGCUGCUUCUAUCAUUAUACACAAGCCAUUUAUCGACGUAUGCAAAUUUUAGGCUUAACAAUAGCUUAUUCACAGAAUGAUGAAAUUCGAAUUUGUUGUCGUAAACUUAUGGCAUUAGCACUACUGCCAUUGGAUAAAGUCGAGUGGGCAUUCCAUGAUUUACGUACAAAACCACCAGCAGCGGUGAACCAAACAUUACAUCAACUGUUUCUUUACUUUGAAAAACAAUGGAUGACCGAUGUACCAUUAGAAAUUUGGAAUGUACAAACAACAACUGUAAAGGUAUGAGUGACCCUCGUCUUUUCCAUCACUUUACCACCUAUCAUAUUAGGUUUUCAUAAUCGACUAAAUCAACGUAUCCAAAAAUCGCAUCCGAAUAUUUGAAAGUUCAUAAAAUGUCUUCAAAGUGAAGAAAAUCGAUUUCGUCACGUUCUUCUUCAAAUGAAUGCUGGAGCUCAAGCAAGGCCUAAAUCAGUAGCAACAAGUUCAAUUCAAAAAAGAAUCAACACACUCAAUAAUCGUUAUAACAAUGGUGAAGUCAAUGUCGAUGAAUUACUUGAUGGCUUAUCACUAAUUGUAGCCAAACAAAAGAGAUAAACAUCAAACAUUUAUUAUUAAUAUUGUCGUUGUUAUUAUUAUUAUUGUUCUUAACUUUUUCUUUAACUUCUUUUAUUUUUAGUCUACUAUGAACCUUGAAUUACUAAACAAAAAAUAUCAGUCCAACUAUUUCAGACUGUCUCCUUGAAUUCCUUCCAGCCUUCGACAUUUUUUUUCCACCUAAAUAUCAUUCGACACUUUUUUUUCGUCAUUCUUUUUCCGCGGUAUCGUUUUUCCAUCAAAGUAACAGUCGACGUUUCUUUUUCGAUCUUUUUACGUUUGACAUUUUUUUUUCGGUCUUUUUCUUUCGACAUUUCUCCUUUCGACAUAUUUUCUUUCUACCAAAUCAAUACAUACCAAAGAAAAGACGUGUAUCAUUGAAAUUGAUACCAAUGAUGGAUAUUAGGAAGUUCUACUAUCUAGAAUGAUUUGAGCAUGAUUGAACUAUCGGAUCAAAAGUUACAGUCAAAAUAGAGGCCGUCAUGGAAUUUCA